UAAAUACCAGCGGGCGGAAGCGAAACGGGCAUAUUCGCCGCUGUCUUUGACGAAAGGAGAGGCUGGUGAGAUUUUUCUCAACGGGAGCGACGGUCGGGCUUCAUUUUUCCUUGUUGAAGCGGUCGUAGCACAUUGAUAAAAAAUGCAGAUCUUUGUCAAGACUCUGACUGGCAAGACCAUCACUCUGGAAGUGGAACCUAGUGACACCAUUGAGAAUGUGAAAGCUAAGAUCCAGGACAAAGAAGGCAUUCCCCCUGACCAGCAGAGGCUGAUCUUUGCCGGAAAGCAGCUGGAAGAUGGCCGCACGCUCUCCGACUACAACAUCCAGAAAGAAUCCACCCUCCAUCUUGUGUUGCGUCUGAGGGGAGGUAUGCAGAUCUUUGUCAAGACACUGACUGGCAAGACCAUCACCCUGGAAGUGGAACCCAGCGACACCAUUGAGAAUGUGAAAGCUAAGAUCCAGGACAAGGAAGGCAUUCCCCCUGACCAGCAAAGGCUGAUCUUUGCCGGAAAGCAGCUGGAAGAUGGCCGCACGCUCUCCGACUACAACAUCCAGAAAGAAUCCACCCUCCAUCUUGUGCUGCGUCUGAGGGGAGGUAUGCAGAUCUUUGUCAAGACACUGACUGGCAAGACCAUCACCCUGGAAGUGGAACCCAGCGACACCAUUGAGAACGUGAAAGCUAAGAUCCAGGACAAAGAAGGCAUUCCCCCUGACCAGCAGAGGCUGAUCUUUGCCGGAAAGCAGCUGGAAGAUGGCCGCACGCUCUCCGACUACAACAUCCAGAAAGAAUCCACCCUCCAUCUUGUGCUGCGUCUGAGGGGAGGUAUGCAGAUCUUUGUCAAGACACUGACUGGCAAGACCAUCACCCUGGAAGUGGAACCCAGCGACACCAUUGAGAACGUGAAAGCUAAGAUCCAGGACAAGGAAGGCAUUCCCCCUGACCAGCAGAGGCUGAUCUUUGCCGGAAAGCAGCUGGAAGAUGGCCGCACGCUCUCAGACUACAACAUCCAGAAAGAAUCCACCCUCCAUCUUGUGCUGCGUCUGAGGGGAGGUAUGCAGAUCUUUGUCAAGACACUGACUGGCAAGACCAUCACCCUGGAAGUGGAACCCAGCGACACCAUUGAGAACGUGAAAGCUAAGAUCCAGGACAAGGAAGGCAUUCCCCCUGACCAGCAGAGGCUGAUCUUUGCCGGAAAGCAGCUGGAAGAUGGCCGCACGCUCUCAGACUACAACAUCCAGAAAGAAUCCACCCUCCAUCUUGUGCUGCGUCUGAGGGGAGGUAUGCAGAUCUUUGUCAAGACACUGACUGGCAAGACCAUCACCCUGGAAGUGGAACCCAGCGACACCAUUGAGAACGUGAAAGCUAAGAUCCAGGACAAGGAAGGCAUUCCCCCUGACCAGCAGAGGCUGAUCUUUGCCGGAAAGCAGCUGGAAGAUGGCCGCACGCUCUCCGACUACAACAUCCAGAAAGAAUCCACCCUCCAUCUUGUGCUGCGUCUGAGGGGAGGUAUGCAGAUCUUUGUCAAGACACUGACUGGCAAGACCAUCACCCUGGAAGUGGAACCCAGCGACACCAUUGAGAACGUGAAAGCUAAGAUCCAGGACAAAGAAGGCAUUCCCCCUGACCAGCAGAGGCUGAUCUUUGCCGGAAAGCAGCUGGAAGAUGGCCGCACGCUCUCCGACUACAACAUCCAGAAAGAAUCCACCCUCCAUCUUGUGCUGCGUCUGAGGGGAGGUAUGCAGAUCUUUGUCAAGACACUGACUGGCAAGACCAUCACCCUGGAAGUGGAACCCAGCGACACCAUUGAGAACGUGAAAGCUAAGAUCCAGGACAAAGAAGGCAUUCCCCCUGACCAGCAGAGGCUGAUCUUUGCCGGAAAGCAGCUGGAAGAUGGCCGCACGCUCUCCGACUACAACAUCCAGAAAGAAUCCACCCUCCAUCUUGUGCUGCGUCUGAGGGGAGGUAUGCAGAUCUUUGUCAAGACACUGACUGGCAAGACCAUCACCCUGGAAGUGGAACCCAGCGACACCAUUGAGAACGUGAAAGCUAAGAUCCAGGACAAAGAAGGCAUUCCCCCUGACCAGCAGAGGCUGAUCUUUGCCGGAAAGCAGCUGGAAGAUGGCCGCACGCUCUCCGACUACAACAUCCAGAAAGAAUCCACCCUCCAUCUUGUGCUGCGUCUGAGAGGUGGCUUUUAGGUGUUAACCGAACUCUUUAUUUGCAAGUUGCCAAUAGCAUUUGUUUGCACUGUAGCUGUUUAAUGUCUUAAUAUUGUAAGGUAAAUAAAAGUUUAAGUAACUGCUGGACUGUUGGUGUAGAUGCUAAAUAAAAGUUUUUGUUGCACAUUA